AUGUUGGGAACAUCCCCUGGUCCAUAUAAUUCAUAUGAUGCAAUACUGGUGGUUAUAGACUCAUUCUCCAAAUUUGGCCACUUCAUCCCAACCACAAAAAAGGUGUUGGCUAAAGGUCUAGCUAACCUCUUUGUCACCCAUAUUUGGAAACUCCACGGACUGCCCGUUAGAACCAUAUUGGACCGAGGAACAACAUUUACUGGGAAGUUCCUCAGAGCCCUUUACCAAAGGCUGGGAAUCCAACCAUCCUUCUCCUUGGCCUAUCACCCCAAAUCAGACGGACAGACCAAGUGCAUCAACCAGUUCAUUGAGUUCUAUCUAAGAUCUUACGUAGCAGCAGACCACUUGGAUUGGGUCAAAUGGUUGCCACUUGCGGAAUACGCUUACAACAAUGCUAAGCACGCUGCAACCAGAAAGACCCCCUUUGAACUGAUUUAUGGAAGGAAUCCCAUGAUGAACCCGUCAACCGUACCAGCCAAUGUACCAGAAGCGGAUCUGGUAGCCGAUACCCUGGCUCAGGAAUGGCAGGAGGCAGAAUCAGCACUCAGAAUGACUAAGGAACGCAUGGCAAGACCAAAAGGGAUAAUUCCGGAAUACUCCGUGGGCAAGAAAGUAUGGCUUGAUGGAAAAAAUGUAGGACUUAGGACAAACUCUAACAAACUGGACCCCAAGCAACUAGGUCCAUUUGAAGUCACAGAAAAAAUAUCAAGUCACGCCUACCGCCUAAAACUCCCAGACUCCCUGAAAAUCCACAAUGUAUUCUAUGUAGGAUUGCUGUCCAAAGCACACGAAUCCCCCAGCCAACCAUUCCCAGAAAGAUCCCCUCCUGAAACAAUAGAAGGGGAAGAGGAGUACGAGGUUGAACAAAUCAUUGACUCCAAGCAACAACGGGGAAAAUGGUUCUACCUAAUUAAAUGGAAGGGUUAUGGUCCGGAAGACAACUCCUGGGAACUGGAAGAACUCUUAGAACACAGCCAAGAGGAGAUUCAACGCUUCAACAAGUCACAACUGAAAAAGGCUUGUGACUCUGCCAAGAGCCUUUAA